UACAAACCGUUCUAAAAUCUAACAAACAUUCUAGCUAGUGACCUGAACGCACCCUUAAUGGACUACUGUUUCACAUGUCAUCAGCUGUCAGGUCAGGAUCCUACAACUACGCGUGUGUGAAACUCAACGAAGAGGUGCAUCAAAAAUAAUCACUUCAUUGAAAAGAAAUGGCGCUGAUAGGAGUGCAGCUGGUGGUUAGCUUGCUGGCUGCUAGCAUAAUGCAGCGAAUGGCUCCACACUGUUCCUUUGCCCGCUGGCUUCUGUGCAAUGGCAGCUUGUUCCGGUUCAAACAUCCCUCUGAGGGAGAGCUGUGUGCCCUGGCAGGAAAACAGGUGCCCAGCAAGCCCAGCAGGAGAGACAGGAGACAGAAUGGAGACACGAAGCCUCUUACAGUGCCGAAAGAUAUCGACCUUAACUUGGAAAAGGCUCCAGUCGGAGUCCUUGAUGCCCUUGUUCUACGAUUCUUCCUGGAGUAUCAGUGGUUGAUUGACUUUGCAGUGUAUGCGAUGGGCGUGUACAUUUUCACUGAGGGCUACUUCUGUGUUGUGGACCCUGCCAAGGAGGUGCACAUUGGGUCUAUCUGGUGUGUGUUAACGGUUUUCUGCUGCUUGAAAACCCUGCACAGCCUGAUGAGCCACUACUUCAAUUCUGAAGAGGGGGGUGAGCGCUCCGUGUGCCUGGCCUUUGGUUUCCUGUCUCUGUUGGUGGCCAUGCUUGUGCUGGUGGUCAGAGAAGACUACCUGGAGUUUGGUCUGGAGCCUGGUUUUAACAGCCUUUUUGACAACCUUGAGGUUUUUGCAAAACAGCAAGGUUUUUCUCAGUGGUCAGUCCCGGUGACCAAACUGACUGUAAAGUUGGGUUUGGCUGCCAUCUGUGCGUUUAUUGGUGCUCUGCUGGCCUUUCCAGGCCUCCGUCUAGCCCAGACCCAUCUGGAUGCAGUUCAGAUUAACUCAGACCGCCCAUUCAUCCAGCUGCUGUUGCACAUGAGUUUCCUGUCUCCUGUGGUGGUGGUUGUGUUGUGGAUCAAACCCAUUGCCCGGGACUUCCUGGGGAACGCUCCCAUGGGAAAGACGUCAGUCACCCUUAUCUCCAGCCCAGUGUUUGACAGUGUGCGCCUGUGGACGGUGGUGGUUCUUUGCUGUCUGAGGCUGGCCCUCACCCGUUACCACCUGCAGGCCUACCUGAACCUGUCCCAGAAGUGGGUGGACCAGAUGAAGAAGGAGGCGGGUCGCAUUGCCGCCAUCGACAUCCAGAGGAAGGUGAGCCGUGUGUUCUGCUACCUGACCAUAGUCACCCUGCAGUACGUGUUGCCUAUUCUGAUUAUCCUGUUCUCCACCUUGGCUCUCAAGGCCCUCGGUGACUUCUCAUGGAGCGGUGCAGAGCAAGCUCCGGGGGUGACACCUGCCCUCGUAAUGCCCACCCCCACCCCUGUCCUGCCAGGGCUGGAGGAGGAUGAGGAGGGCAUGGAGGACUUUGAGGAGGACAUCCAGGUCACAGUUGCCCGUUUGACAGAGGGUUUCUCCGCCCUGCACUCUGUCCUCACCCCCCUCUUCUUCAGAGGCCUCUUCGCCUUCCUCACCUGGUGGGUGGCUGCCUGCCAAGUCAUCAGCAGCCUGUUUGGCAUCUACUUCCACCAGUACCUCAUGCAGAACUGAGGAGGACUACACAGAAAUACACUACCCACAAUCCCUUGCCAACACCAGCCCAGUGUGACUAUGCAGUGUGUUGUAGGCAGGUCUAACUCAACACAACAUAUGGACAGGAUGCGUGUUACUGUAACCAGUGUGGACAGUACUACCACCGUGACUGUCUGGCACUAUAAGGGACAUGCUUUAGAAGGGGGAAUGGUCUCCAUUUGCUGCUAUCACAUUUCACAUUUUAAGCCAGUGUUGACCUUUCAUUUGUCUUCAAACAAUACUAUUAUAUUCUGCAAAUGAAUGGUUUCUAUUAAGACAAAAAGCACUGUACCACUACUUCAAGCCUAGUUUGUGGUCAGACGCCAGUGAAGUGCUUGAUGCUUGUUUUCUUCCUUAGUUCUGCUGAAUACUGUACUAACUGUAAAGAGGCAGUGGAGUUGCAGUCUAUACAACUGUCCAUGAUCAAUCAAUUGCCCAUUCUCCUGAAUUAUUUAAACCCACCUUAAAACAGCACUGAUGAACAGUUACUGUAUUUAUUCAAUGAAGGGAUUCAAUGAGUCUAUAAGUGCCUGGAAACUCAGGGAUUUUCAGUCAAUGAUAAUAUAUACAUACAUACGCUAUCGAUCAAAAGUUUGGGGUCACUUACAUAUUGCCUUGUUUUCCAUGAAAACUUCCAUGAGAUUAGUGUUGAAUAGGAAUUGAAUAGGAAAUAUAACAAAAUGAAUAGGAAAUACAUUGACACGGUUAGAAAUAAGGAUUUUUAAUUGAAAUAAUAAUGGUUGUCAUUUUGGUGAGGUAAUCGGAUUAGAUUUCACCCCGUGCUUCCUGAAGCACCUCCCACAAGUUGGUUUGGCUUGAUGGGCACUUCUUACAUACCUUACGGUCAAGCUGCGCCCACAACUCAAUAGGGUUUAGGAUCCUGUGACUGUUCUGGCCACUCCAUUAAAGACUGAAUACUAGCUGACUGCUUCUUAGUUUGGAGCUGUGCUUUUGGGCAUUGUUCUGUUGUAGGGCAUUAUUCUGUUGUAGGAGGAAAUGGUCUCCAAACGAGCACCGUCCACAGGGCAUGGUGUUGCAAAAUGGAGUAAUGUCCUUCCUUCAAGAUCCCUUUUAACCUCUACAAAUCUCCCCCUUCACCACCUCCAAGCACCCCCAGACCAACACAUUGCUUCCACCAUGCUUGACAGAUGAUGUCAAGCACUCCCCCAGCAUCUUCAUUUGGUCUGGGUCUGACAUACUCUUUGUGAUCCAAACACCUCAAUCCUAGAUUCGUCUGUCCAUAACACCUUUUUUCCAAUCUGUGUUCUUUUGGCCAUCUUAAUCUUUUCUUUUUAUUGGCCAAUCUGAGAUAUGGCCUUUGAUUUGCAACUCUGCCUGGAAAGUCUGCAUCCCGGAGUUGCCUCUUCACUGUUGACAUUGAGACAAGUGUUUUGCGGGUACUAUUUAAUGAAACUGCCAGUUGUGCCACCUGUGAGGUGUCUGUUUCUCAAACUAGACACUCCUGUAUAUUUCUUACCCCGUUAUUCGCUGGGGCCACCUCUUUUUAUUCUGGUUAGAGCCAGUUUGCAGUGUUCUGUAGGGAGUAGUACGCAGCUUUGUACAAAAUCUAUAAUUUCUUGGCAGUUUUUCACAUGGAAUAGCCAUCAUUUCUCACAACAAGAUUAGACUGAUGAGUUUCAAAAUAAAGUUAUUUGUUUCUGGCCAUUUUUAGCAUGUAAUCGCACCCCACAUUUUGCUGAUGCUCCAGAUAUUCAACUAGUCUAAAGAAGGCCAUUGCUUCUUUAAUCAGCACAGUAACAGUUUUCAUAUGUGCUACAAUUGCAAAAGGAUUUUCUAAUGAUCGCUUAGACUUUUAAAAUGAUAAACCUGGAUUAGCAAAGACAACAUGCCAUUAGAAUACAGGACUGAUAGUUGCUGAUUAUGGACCACUACUCCUAUGUUAAUAUUCUAUUAACAAUCAGCCGUUUCCAGCUAUAAUAGUCAUUUACAACAUUAACAAUACACUGUAUUUCAAUUUGAUUAAUUUAAUGGACAACAAAUUACAGUAGCUUUUCUUUCGAAAACAAGGACAUUUCUAAGUGACCCCAAACUUUGUAACAGUAGUGUAUAUUUUCCUUUUUUUGGCAGGUGUCUGUAGCAUUGAUUUAAGACUCCAGCCCAGCCUGAAUUUGGUCAACCUUAAUGUACCUGUAUUUGCAAUUAUGUCUCAGUCCUUUUCGCUGCCAAACAAUCAUGUAAACUAAGAUAUAGUCUUCGAGCAAAUCUCCCUAAACGUAAACAUGGGUGCUGAUUGUAGUUUUAACUUUUUGUUUUUUAAUAUUUUUGUGCCCUAUUGCCGCAGCACAUGCUGUUUUAGAAAGGUGCAGGUGUCGAUGCUGGUGUACCAUUGGGCCAUUUUGUUUGUGGAAUGUGUGAUUUGUUUAAUUAUUUUUAAUGUUUGCUAAUCAUUUAUGAAAAAUUUAAGACUUAUGAAUGCAUGUUGUGAAUUUUUUGUUGGAUGCAAAUGAUUUGUGUGUGCCUACUGGUUUAAUAAAAUGAGUUUAACAUUUUCAA